CGCAGCGGAGAAGUAUUCGAAAUCGAAUUAAAUAAAUAAAUAAAUAAAUAAAUUGAAAAAAAAAAAUAUAUAUAUAUAUACAAAUAAAUACAUAAAGAGAAAUGUAUAAUAAAGUUGUGAAAAUUAUUAUUGCAUUUGCAACUUUCUUUAGUUUCUCUAAUGCGGCACAGAAACAAGUCACAAUUAUGCCAGAAGCGUGGUAUGCAAGUCAAAGUGCUACCGCUCGAGUUGAUAACUAUAUACUGCAGCAUCAGCGACAAUUUGAACAACAAUUAAAGGAUAUUGAUCGACAACUAGAAGAUUUUCGCAGUUCGUAUGCGUUACGUUUAUCAGUAAUUGAGGCUUAUGAUCAAAUUGUCGCCGAUAAACUAAAGGAAAUGGAGAAUAAAUUUUAUCCAUUGGAAAUGUUAAAUGAAGUAAAUGAUUUUUGCGUGGAAAAAUAUCGUGAUAAAAUACCAAUCGCUCAUAGCGUAAAAAGUAAUUUGAAGGAAUCCAUGCGGAAAGCAAGUUCAGCUCUAAGCGCUAUGGUUAAAAAUCCUGAGGAUACUUUGAAAAAUAUGCGCAAUCAUUUUGUUGCUCAAUUCACGAAUGGCAUUAAAGAAUGUAAAAGAAAAUUUGAGAAAAUUGAAGCCAAAUAUCAUAGCUGUGCCAGUGGUGUGAUAAAAGCUACUGACACGUAUUUCAUCACAAAUUUGAACAACUUUUUGAAUCAAAUGAAUUCAGCCGCUUGCAUGGCUAAUACUAAGUUUGACGACGCCUUUGAUUAUUACUCAACGCAAAUUUAUGCAACAUUUACGGCUAUCGGUGAAGCUGCAGGAUUUAUUAGCAAUUGUAUGGCUGGUCACGAUGUUUGCUCGCCGUGCAAUGAUGAGAAUUUAUCUGCCGUUAAAGGACGUUGCCCGUAUCAUAUGGCUUGGCAUUUGGAAGAUGACGAUUUAUCGGGUGAAACUAUAUUCAAUCCUUUUAAGGGUAUUAACAAAACCACGCCUUGUUUGCAGAUUAAUUUUAUUACUAAUGAUUUCGUUAAUAAUGUCGAAUUAAAUAAAUAAUUUUUUAAAAUUAAUAUUAUUUAAUUCUUCUUCUUAUUCUUUCUUUUUGUGAAUAAUGAACAAAUC